GCACAUGCUGGCGCGCUGCUCAUGAUGUUGUCAUCUGAGACAUGUUGCUAGAAGAUCGGUGAUUAGUGCGUAUAUACAUAUAUAUCAUUAUAUUUUUCGUAAGUGUAACGAUCGUGUUAAAAAACGAAAAUGGCCGCAACAGUGGCUACACCCGUCACGGCCACGGAGCCCGACCCUGUCCGGUGCGGGAGUGAGGAGGAGAACCGUGGGGCCGAGGCGGAGGAGGACGGCGCGCGGCAGCAGACAGGCCCCGCGGCCGCCGUGAGCCACAGCAGACCGUCCAAACUCCCGCUGUCCCGCAUCAAAGCGCUCAUGAAGACCGACCCAGACGUGUCCCUCGCCAGCCAAGAGUCCGUGUUCAUCAUCGCCAAAGCCACGGAGUUGUUUGUAGAGAUGAUUGCCAGAGAUUCCCUGGUGUACGCCCAGCAAGGAAAGAGAAAAACGCUGCAAAGAAAGGACCUGGACAAUGCAAUAGAGGCCAUAGAUGAGUUUGCAUUUCUAGAAGGAACGCUGGAUUAAACGUGGCUCCCAACGAGAAGAACAUUAAAUAUCUGCAACCAUCCAAGAAACUUUACACAAUUUGUUGUGAAGACCUUUUCUGGUACUUUUCUAAGUCAGAGUCUCAGAAUGGAUAUUUAUAAAUGCUUUUCUACAAUGUUUCAUUAAGAUUUGUCAUACUUUAAUUUCAGUGGUAAUGUGUACAUGUGUUGAUGUUUUUGUAAAUAUUUCUGAAAGACUACUGUACAAUGGAAUAAAUGUAAGUUUUACACAAUCAGAUUUGCAAGAUGAAUAUCCAUGUCUGUCUGUGGUCAGUAUUAAAAUGAUAUUCUACA